CAUGAAGUAAUCACCAAGAAAAGUGCUAUUGAGUGCGAAAUUGCUACCGCUUCACUAAGCGAUGGGACUGCUCUGGGCAGUCAAAGCAUUUUGGAACCAGGAUUUCGUUUGGGUGAAAGCGAUACGCUGUUGCGUUACGUCAAUCAGUACAGAGUAAAUGAAUAUGCUAAAAAUCCGACCCAGAGAACCCGAGAAAAGGACAAAAGGAAAUACAUGUGUGGAAGAUUUUCGCUUAUGGAUGAAAAAGGAUUCGAGUGGUCACAAGCGAAAGGGCGCAGUAUUGCUGGUUCUCCAGAUCAAGUUGGGGCUGUUAUCCAGGACACCUUGGAAAGUUUCGCCCAAAAAAUACCGUCAGUUUUGAUGCAUCGGUUGUGGAGGCGCGAUGGCCUGGACAAUUUUAAGAAGGGUCUAAAUGCACCACCGUCGGUUGAAUUACUGAGAGAUUUGCUGCUGCGCUUUGAGUGUGCGAUUCGACGACCGGUUUUUCAUAAUGUUUGGUGGAGCUCAUUGGGACACACGCGGUUGAUGCGUAUCACUGUUGAGGAUCGUGAAAGGCGCCAGUAUUAUGAGGCGAAAAAGAAGAAGCUGGAAAGAGAUCUGCUAUCGGCCGAUGCGGAUGAUGAGGAAGUGAUUUGGGUGAAAUAUCACAAAGUGGGAGCAGUCAUCAAAAGGACACUGUGGCGACAAAACGAUGAAAAUUACCGAGUAAACGGGCGCGGUGCACUCGGCGGUUGGUUGUGGGUUUCCAAAACAUUCCGUCGCAGAUUCAUUCCGAAGGCACAGAGACCAGCUAUAGGCGGAAAACUCGAACCGACGACAUUGGCAAAUCGAAAAGCAAUUCGGUUGGAAGGAGUGCUCAAGCGACUUAAUGAAUGGAGAAAUACCGAAUUUAAUCGCGAAGAGCGGGUGUGGCAGAAGGAUGUGCUGAAGAACUGCUAUUCGCCUAUGUGCAAAAUGGGCUUGAUACCACCACAGCUCACUGAUAACUGUAGCAGUACGCUGAGUUGUUACAGUCUAACUUGCCGUCAGGCUAUUGCCCAAACAAUGGGGCGAACAACGAGCAGUGUUGUACAUGCGCAUCCUCCGUCGCCUGAAUGCAAAAAAGAAAAUGGCUCGGAUGAAAAAGUUUUGGGCAUUGAUAAGCCGUUCCCACUGCCGGUGCCGCUUGACUACCGUGUCAGGCGAACCGGUGAGCAGAGUCUACUUGUUUUACCUCAAAAAGCGUUAAAACGUUUGGCUCGCCAAGGUGGCGUCAAUUCUGGUUAUUUUGCUCCUGGUUUCCAUCGUAUGGCAAAAAGCAAUACACAGGUGUGGAAUUACCCGUGUCCACGACCGCUCUUCGACAACUGUUGGAGGUAUUUGACGCUGCGAGCACAGUCGUACCAUUCAAUUGCGCUGCAUUUGCGGAUACUCUAUGCAUGCAUUCGAUGGGCCGACAUGCGUCGUGAUCCCGAAGAAGACUUACGUGUAAUAGCGCAUUACGCGGACCAUGAUGAGAUUCGUACAGUGAUUGGUCAUAAGGAGUUACCACCGGAUGGUGUCUCUGAGCAAUAUCAAUUACAUGUGGAAGUGGUACCCCUGGACGACAGUAUAGAUUUGGCUGAAGAUGACGCUAGUCUUGAAGGCGCUACAUACCAGCCGGGAAGAUCGCUGGAAAAAGUGCUGCGUAAAAAGAAACCUGUGAAAGGGCGAUCGUUGAACGGGACGGCGCGAAUGGACAAAGUGAAAACAUUUGAGAAGUGGAUCGAUGGCACUGAGCUGAAGCUUUGGGAAAUAGCUGAAUAUUGGAAAAGCCUCGAAAAUCGCACAAAACGUGGUUCGGCGACGCCUUUUGUUUUGAAAGGUUUUGUUGCUAUCUAA